AUGUGGACGCCAUGUUGGAGGAGGCAAUGUGUGAUCAAAACACUGAGUCUAUCUAUAAACACUGAAUGUGAGAAUAUUGAGAUUAACCCCAUAAACACUGAAUGUGAGAAUGAGAUUAACCCCAUAAACACUGAAUGUGAGAAUAUUGAGAUUAACCCCAUAAACACUGAAUGUGAGAAUAUUGACAUUAACCCCAUAAAUACUGAAUGUGAGAAUAUUGAGAUUAACCCCAUAAACACUGAAUGUGAGAAUAUUGAGAUUAACCCCAUAAACACUGAAUGUGAGAAUAUUGAGAUUAACCCCAUAAACACUGAAUGUGAGAAUAUUGAGAUUAACCCCAUAAACACUGAAUGUGAGAAUAUUGAGAUUAACCCCAUAAACACUGAAUGUGAGAAUAUUGAGAUUAACCCCAUAAACACUGAAUGUGAGAAUAUUGAGAUUAACCCCAUAAACACUGAAUGUGAGAAUAUUGAGAUUAACCCCAUAAACACUGAAUGUGAGAAUAUUGAGAUUAACCCCAUAAACACUGAAUGUGAGAAUAUUGAGAUUAACCCCAUAAACACUGAAUGUGAGAAUAUUGAGAUUAACCCCAUAAACACUGAAUGUGAGAAUAUUGAGAUUAACCCCAUAAACACUGAAUGUGAGAAUAUUGAGAUUAACCCCAUAAACACUGAAUGUGAGAAUAUUGAGAUUAACCCCAUAAACACUGAAUGUGAGAAUAUUGAGAUUAACCCCAUAAACACUGAAUGUGAGAAUAUUGAGAUUAACCCCAUAAACACUGAAUGUGAGAAUAUAGAGAUUAACCCCAUAAACACUGAAUGUGAGAAUAUUGAGAUUAACCCCAUAAACACUGAAUGUCAGAAUAUUGAGAUUAACCCCAUAAACACUGAAUGUGAGAAUAUUGAGAUUAACCCCAUAAACACUGAAUGUGAGAAUAUUGAGAUUAACCCCAUAAACACUGAAUGUGAGAAUAUUGAUUAA